AUAAAAAGUAAUUGAUAUCUUUAGAUCAUAUUCUCUAUCCUAUCUUUGAAUAUGGGCAGUCUCAUUCAAUUAAUAGCAUUGUUUUCUUCCUCUCCUUUCUUUAUUUUUUUUAUUAUUUUUUUAUUAUAUAUUUUUGCUCAGAAUGAGAGAGUAAGAUUCAUACUGGAAAAAAAAACCUCUGUCUGAAGCUUGCAAUGGUGGUGACAGAAACAAGGAGUGGAGGUUGUUGGAAGCUCGAUGGCGAGAGGUUCGAGCUUCCACCUGUUGACCCAUCAACUACUUUGCUUCAGUUCUUGCAGACUCGGACUCGUUUCAAGAGUGUUAAGCUUAGUUGUGGCGAAGGUGGUUGUGGUGCUUGUACUAUGCUGCUAUCCAAGCACGAUCCAGUAAAUGACAGAGUUGAGGAUAUGACUGUGAGUUCAUGUCUUACUCUCUUAAACAAUAUAAGUGGGUGUUCAAUUACAACAUCUGAUGGGCUUGGAAACAGUGCAAUUUGUGGUGCUCGGAGCUGCGCAAAACGACGGGGAUGGCUGGGUUUGCGAUAAGGUUUUGCGCGCAGGGGAUGGGGGUUUCUGGUGGUGGUUGGAGGCGAGGGAGGAGGUUGGUUCAUGGUCAGAUCUAUUUUUUUUCUGUCUUCAGAUCUGUGGUAACUGGUUACCUUCACGUUAUUUGUUUGUAUAUUUCAGGAGGUAACUGGUUACCUUCACAUUCUGAUGUGUGUGUAUAUUUCUGGGUUCUAUAUGGUAACUGGUUACCUAGGUUACCAAAU